AUGUCUCAGCAAUCCGUUUUUUUUUCUGUAAACCUGGCCGCCUUCAAAGGAGCCCAUGGAAAACUUUGGUGCGAAUUGUUGUCAUCUGAUAAGUUCAGAAACUCCACAGAGUAUAAAGGGAAUAAAAGUUCGCAUCAUUUUGCCAUUGAGGUAGGAAGCAUUUGACAAAUAAACGCGUUAAAAGUUUGACAGCUUUGUCAAGAUCGUAGAGAGGAGGCAGUCAGGUUAAUUAAAGCCACUGCAAAUGGUGUCGGUCUGUUGUCGUAUUCAUUGUGGUGACAACCGUAUUUCUAUGGCAUGUUGUAAAGCAUGCAAACAGUUUCUCGUGCUAAAUAAUCCCGGACCGGAUUGACGGAAUAGCGCGGGUUGGCGGAUUCAUGUAUCCCCUAUUCACCACAUAUUUAUAGAUUUACAGCUGCCUUUCAAAAUAUAUGAACCAUUUCCUACUUUGUCUCUCUUCAGUCACCUUGCUCUUCGUCGCCUUGUCAACACGAAGCUACCUGCGUCACGAACUAUAGAGAUGGAUCAUUCGGAUGCCGCUGUGCAAAAGGCUUCAAAGGAGAAUAUUGUGAAAAAGGUGAAUAGUUUGGCAUGGUUUUGUGACUGAUAUACAUCCAACAACAUUAAAUACUACAAUUCUCAAGUGACUGCUAUAAAUUUUCUACUUAACCUUGCAGCUCGAAAAUGUUCUAAAAUAGCUACCGAAAUAUAUAACUAAAAAACAUUUACUGCAAUGCAUAAAGAUGUUGAAUCUCUCGAUGCUCAAGUUGAUUAAGCAUCUGACUACGAAAUCAAAAGGUCUGAGGUAGGGAACUGGAUCUUUAAUUUUAUUUUCACUUCUUCGCAAGGACCAAUUACCCACGGAGGAGGGGGGUGGAGGACUUUAGAGGAUCACAUGAUUUUCAGGGGGAAAGGAAGGGGAAUCAGUCGCCGCCGACACAGGUUAAAAGGGGGGGAGGAAAGAGGAAAGAGGAAAAUGUAGAAAUUGACUGUCAAUUUUAAAACUGCUAAUGAGUGGGGAUCGUAAGAAUAUUACAGAGCCUUAACUGAGGGGAGGGGGGGAGAAGUAUCAGGUUAAUUUUAACGUGACACAACCAAAAUCCUCUGACCUCUCCCCCCCCUCCCUCGGCGGUAAAUUAUAACUGGUCCCUAGGUAAUGUUUAUCAUCUCUUAUUGCUCAAAGAUUUUGCAAAUAGAUUGAUACAAGAAUGUUCAACGACUCUACUUUUGUGUCCCCUACUGGACUGUGAUGGAACCUAAAUAUCUUAAACACCUAACUUUUGCUUUUUUUCUUUAUAUUUAGUGAUUAGGUCCUGCAAAGAAGCUUACAACGUUUUCAAGUAAGUGAUACCACAUGAUUAUCUUUUCGAGUAUAAAAAAAGAAAAAAAUCAUCGAAUAGUUUCAGCGUCGAGAGAAGAUUUUUUGCCGCAAACAAAUAUGAUCACGAAUGGAUUUCUUUUCGUAUCAAACAGGUCAAACGUCAGUCAACUGGUUACAUUAGACCUUGACUCUAAACCAAUCACAGUUUUCUGUCAGAUGGGGGAUUUUGGAUGCGGAGAUGGAGGAUGGACGCCUCUAAUGAAGAUUAACGGCAGCAAGGUAAGUCUCAUAAGGCGGAAUAUUCUUGGCGGGGUUUUCUUACGGGUGAUAAAGCGCGAGCAAGAAAUUUUCAGAAGCGUCGAAACUACGAUAGAAUCUCUUAGCAACUCGCCCAUAUUCUUAUCGCGGUCCCCGUUUUCGGAAAUUCCUCUGGCAUGAGUGCUAUAAUAACCUAAUAUCUAAAACGCCUGCAAGGACCUGCAAGUAGGGUAUAGAUUGAUGGCUUGUACGCGAACUGUGUUACUGAUUUCAUGGGGGUCCUGCCUCGGUGAUGCAUCGUGUUAUUUAUGUUUAAGGAUAAAUUAAAUCCUCUUAAUUAUUUUCAGGCAACGUUUCACUAUGACUCUCACUACUGGAGUGAUAAAAACCAAUACAACAUCACCGGCGGGAGGACUGGGUUUGACUCACAAGAGACCAAGUUACCGACCUAUUGGAACACACCUUUCUCCAAGAUCUGCCUCGGUAUGAAGAUAAGUGGACAGCUCAGGUUUAUUGUCAUUAACAAGCAGGCCAACUCUCUGUACUCUUUGAUUGCUGAUGGAACAUACCGCGCUACUUCACUGGGUCGUAACGAGUGGAAGAAGUUGAUUGGUGCGGAGGGCUCUUUGCAACUUAAUUGUAACAAGGAGGGUUUCAAUGCUGUAGGUAGUUUAAGUGAUCUUUCUAAAGCAAGAAUUGGUUAUAUUGCUAACAACGAAAACCAUUGUGACUCUUGUAACUCCAGAAUUGGGUUUGGUACCGGAGGAUCUCCUAAUAACUCCACUACGUGUGGAAACGCAGCUACUUAUUCCCCAGAUAACGGUGACAGAAAUAUCAAAGCUAUGGGAUAUAUUCUGGUGCAG